AAUUGAAUCUUCCAGUUUUCUUCAUCAAUCUGUUUACACAACCACAACCACAACCACGAUCAUAUAUAAAGGCGUUGUUGUGUGUCUGUGUCUUUGUUUGUGUGCGUGUGUGUGUGUAUCUCCAAUCUCCCGGGCGGGGCGCCGUUGUAAUUAGUUGUGGUGGGUUUUGGUUGAUUUAAAGAUGAAGCAUCCGACGUCGGUUACAGCUCUCCUACUCUUAGCUUUAUGUAUAUUUUCAUGGCUUCAGACAUCAAUCUCACAAGAAGUUGAAGUUGGAGAGGAUGUUCCACUUGAAGUCGAAAUGGAAGUUGACGACGAGAGGGAGUUCGAUUAUAUAAAAGGGAGCAACAAGGGACCGGAGUACUGGGGAGAUCUGAAGGAGGAAUGGGCAGCCUGCAAGAAAGGCGAAAUGCAAUCUCCCAUUGAUAUGUCCAAUGAGAGGGUCACCAUUGUUCGUGAAGCACGCGACAUCAGGAGGAAAUACUUCCCUUCCCCUGCAAUAAUCAAGAACAGAGGCCAUGAUAUCUCGAUUCAAUGGCCUGAUCUUAAAGCAGGAAGGAUCAGGAUAAACGGUACCAGAUACCUUUUGCAACAAGGCCAUUGGCACUUUCCUUCAGAGCACACCAUCAACGGCAGGAGAUUUGAUUUGGAGCUACACAUGGUUCACAUAACCUCAGAUCCUCAAGCCAAAUAUAAGAUAGCUGUCAUCACAGUCCUCUACAAGAUCGGUCUUCCUGAUCCCUUCUUGUCCAAGCUGAUCGGGAACAUAACCACCAUGAACGAUCAACUCGAGGAGAAAACCAUGGGGGUAAUUGAUCCAAAUGAGAUCAAGGCAAGAGGAAGAGAGUAUUACAGAUAUAUUGGUUCAUUAACUGUCCCUCCUUGCUCUGAAGGUGUUAUCUGGACAAUCUACAAGAGAUUAAGCACUGUUUCGAGAGAUCAAGUAAAGGCAUUGAGACUAGCUGUUCAUGAUUACGCAGAGGAGAAUGCAAGACCAGUGCAGGCACUGAACGACCGAACCAUCAAACUCUACAGUAAACAUGACCCGCCAAAAUAAUGCAAGCUGAUUUAUUCAAAAAUAAUUUAU